UAAAGUUGGGCCCAGUUAUGGUCCUCCCUUUACGCUGUAUUUCCACUUUCGCCCAAUUUUCCUCGGAAAGAAAAAACGCAGAAAACCAAAUACAAGGGAGCAAAGCAAACUCAAAACACGAUCAAAACACCGAAAAGAAAAAAAACCAAAAUUCUUUAAAUUCCUCUCAAAAUCAAAUCUUCUCUGCAAAUAAACGAAAAAUCCAGCUAUGGGAAACACCGAGAAGCUCCUGAACCAGAUUAUGGACCUGAAAUUCACGUCCAAAUCGCUGCAACGCCAGGCGAGGAAGUGCGAGAAGGAAGAGAAAUCCGAGAAAUUGAAGGUGAAGAAGGCGAUCGAGAAAGGUAACAUGGACGGAGCUCGGAUAUACGCUGAGAACGCUAUUCGCAAGCGCAGUGAGCAGAUGAACUACCUCCGGCUCGCUUCGCGACUCGAUGCCGUGGUUGCCAGGCUCGAUACCCAAGCUAAGAUGACCACCAUUAACAAAUCCAUGGCUAAUAUCGUCAAGUCUCUCGAAUCUUCCUUAUCCACCGCCAAUUUGCAGAAGAUGUCAGAGACAAUGGAUCAAUUCGAGAAGCAGUUUGUGAACAUGGAGGUCCAGGCAGAGUUUAUGGAGGGUGCUAUGGCUGGUUCUACUUCAUUGUCCACACCAGAAGGUGAGGUCAACAGCUUGAUGCAACAAGUGGCUGAUGAUUAUGGAUUGGAGGUCUCUGUUGGGUUGCCACAGCCGGCUGCUCAUGCUGUGUCAACCAAGACACAGGAGAAGGUUGAUGAGGACAAUUUGUCAAGGCGGCUUGCAGAGCUAAAGGCAAGAGGUUAAGAAAAUGGUGGAAUCCAUUUGAAUGAGUUUGUGAUAUAUAUAAUAGCGCUAUGGUAUUUGGGAUUAUAACUGCUGCUUAAAGAUCUUAUUGGAUGUGUAAAUUUGACUGAAUUGGGUUCUGCUUUCUAUUGUCAUAUAUGGUGCGUGUCUCAUAUAAAUGAACUGAUGCUUUUAGUUUGAAUUUUAACACUAAAUUUUCCCCAAAA